UUAGGGACUACAGACAAACCUAGAGAGUUAGAUUGUAGAGCCUGCUACUUUUCGUGCGCCUCACUCCCACAGUUCCGCGCGGCACGUUAGCAUCAACUUCGUUUUCAAUAAUUAUUGUUACUCGUGCGACGGCCUUCACUGAAAAGUAGGGACUGCUCGUCGUCUGUGCCUCUCGCCGCUGUAUUUUCAUCGUUGGCCCGAUUACAAUUUGUGUUUCAGUACUGCGAAUGAAAGAGGUUCCAUGCUACCCACCAAUCUCAGCGCGCCCUGUGCGAUACAUCGAGUUACCUUUUUGACAGAAAAUUCCUAAGAUUAGCUUUUAGUGAACGAAGGUGACCAUACCCUCAAAUGCCUAAUGAUAACAAUAUGAAGAGCAUUUAACUCAUUAAAGUGUAUUUAUUUCUUCGUCUAACCUUCGCCGUGAUGCUUUUUAUAACUCGCCACAUCUUUAAUUUAACCGUGAACUAAGUUGACUCAGUGGAGACUUCACCGAAGAACUGGUACCUGAAAAAUCCCGUAAACAUCUCGAAGAGUGGCGACCCGGACAGUGUGGCACCUUGAAGUAAGAGCAGGUUUAAUUGUUGUGUUUUUGCUACAUUCUUCCCACGCUUAGUACAAAAGAUUUUUCGAAAUAUCACUUCAGGCUCAGGAAAUAAGAAAACAGAGAUCAAUUCUCAACUGAACGUUUACGAUUAAAUUUGAGUCGCGGGUGAAUUUGUACACAGUCCGUUCAAUGUCCAAAUCGGUCUGUGGCGUUAUGGUUUACACACGUGAAAUGCAUAGAUUAUGAUCUAAAAUUAAUACGCUGAGCCGGCACUGAACUGAGCUCAGUAAGGUUUGGGAGUGGUUGUAUCAGCCACUUUUUUCGUUCUUAGGACAUGGUUGGGCGUUCUUCAUUAAGUGUGAGAGGUUUUACCAUGGCAAGUGAUGAAAGUUAAAGGUUUUGUCCUGAGGAGUUAAAAAAAGUGUUUCCUCAAGGAAGCAGCUGGUAAUGCUUUAUUUAACCGAAGAAGCUAAGCUUGGUAUAGUGAGCGGGGCAAUAGCGAUCCUUAUUCUUAUGGUCGUUUGCAUGGUCUGCAAGCUAAGUCGACUCCACAAACAGCCAGCUUACAAAGACUCGUCCUACCUCAAGACUACUGCUGACAAGAAUACUGCUGCAAAAGUAUCUGUCAUCCCAUUCCCAAGUUUUGCUGCUGAAUGCAGCGAGUGUGAACUGGAAAAAAGAAAUAAAAUGAACGGAGAGAUAGAGCUGCAAACUUCCCAAAGGCUCAGUCCGCCAAAAAAUAAAGGAAGAAUCAAAUUUUCUAUGGUUUAUCAAAAUGAAAUACAAACUCUUUUGUUGACUAUCAUCGAGGCAAGCCAGCUGGUCGGAAAAGACUUCUGGGAUAGUGUAGAUACCUACGUAAAAGUGAGGCUUCAACCAGAUGAAGAAGGAAUUUUGAAGGGACAGACGGACGUCUUCAGGAAAUCCACAAAUCCAAAAUUUGGAGAGAGUUAUGAGUUUAACAUGUCAUUACAAGAUAUGGAAAAUUCCAUUCUUCAUUUAUCUGUUUGGGAAAUUGACAAGUACUCCCGGCAUCACAUAAUCGGAGAGGUUCAAGUUGAACUUGGCCAUGUGCUCAAGGCAGAUGAGUCUGUUGCCUUUGAUAAGGAGCUGAGGUCAUUUCAAAAGACAAAAGCCAAUCUGGGGGAGAUUUUAUUCUCCCUCAGCUAUAUGCCAACUGCUGAGAGAAUGUCAAUAGUAUUAAUGAAGGCCAGAAACCUUAGUCCACCACUCAGCGACUGGAACACUGAGUCAAAACCAAUCAAUCCAUUCAUCAAAGUUGUUCUUUUAUUCGAUGGCAAAAAAGUGAAGAAAAAGAAAACGUCCACAAGGAAACAGGAGCCUAAUCCUGUUUAUAAUGAGUGUAUGAUGUUUGACGUCCCCCCAGACCUCCUCCACAGGGUUCUGUUUGUCAUAUCAGUAGCUGACGCUAAAUCAGACUCCACAAGAAGUGACGUAAUUGGUCGAGUGGUAAUAGGCUCAGCUACCACUGGAGAAUCCCUCAGGCACUGGCAUCAAAUGUUGAUAUCGCCGCGGAGGCCUGUCGCGGCCUGGCACCGACUCAAACUUGAUCAUAUGGGAAUUACAACACUUACCAACCGAACUGUGAAACACAACAAAAGUGACAAAGAAGACAACAAAGAGCCAAAGACAAGUUCAGCAGUAAAAGCAACCACUACAACUACUACUACCACCACCACCACCACAACAACUACUUUAGCCACUACAACACCUACAGUAAAGCCGCCAAAAAGAAUGACUCCAGUGCCUAAGGAAGCAUCUUUUGAAGGAAUACCAUGGUGGGCAGUAUUUGCAGCUGUUGGGUUAGCACUCCUUAUAGCUGGCAUUUGCUGUUAUUGUGUCUGCUACCGUCAAUGUUGCAAAAGGAAAAAGAAGGAUGAGAAAAAAGCCAUAAAGGAAAAAGUUGACCUUAAAGCCGUACAAAUGUUGGCAGCCAGCUACCAAGAGAAAGUUCAGCCAUCUGUAGAUGAGUUAGAUUACAACAGUGAUGAAUUCCAGUCUGAUGGUAGCUCAGGAGUAAAAAUAGGUCGCAUUCACUUCACCCUUGACUAUAGCUUCAAUGAUAACUGUCUCACAGUUGGAGUAGUAGAAGCUCAGGAUGUCCCUGCUAAAGAUUUCAGUGGAACUUCUGAUCCAUAUGCAAGAGUUAUGCUGUUACCCGACAGGAAAAAGAAAUUUGAUACUAAGGUUCACCGGAAGACUCUAAAUCCAGUUUUCAAGGAAACAUUUGUUUUCAAGAAUAUUCCAUACAGUGACAUAACAAACAGAACUCUUUGUAUAGAGUUGUAUGACUUUGAUCGGUUCUCUAGACAUGAUAUCAUUGGAGACGCCAAGCUCCCUCUAAUUGAUGUAGAUUUAGCAACUAGCAUUGACGAAUGGCGAGCUUUAAUUCCACCAUCAUCUUCAGGAGGACUUACUGGGCAUUCCAAGUCUGAACUAGGACAGCUUUGUUUCUCAUUGCGUUAUGUCCCUGCUGCUGGUAAACUUCAAGUAGUAAUAUUAGAAGCUAAAGAUCUUAAAAGUAUGGAUGUAUCAGGUUUUUCAGAUCCUUAUGUCAAAAUAGCCUUGAUUCAAGAUGGACGGAAACUCAAGAAGAAAAAGACAACCGUCAAGAAGAGAACACUUAACCCUUACUUCAAUGAGAACUUUAGUUUUCAAGUUCCCUUUGAGAACAUAGAGCAAACAUCUUUGAUAAUCUCUGUGUUGGACUAUGAUCGUGUUGGUCGCAGUGAAGUCAUUGGAAAAUGUGUUGUAGGUGAAUUAUCAACAGGUCCAGAUCAGCAACACUGGACAGACAUGCUGGCAUCGCCACGGAGAGCAAUUGCACAGUGGCACACUUUACAUAAUUAAUGCUUGUAGUUUUUUCACAAUAGAAUAUACAAUAAAAUAUAUACACCGUAAGUGUAUGAAGAAGUUCAAGCUUUACAUAACACUGUAAAAUGAAUGUAAUGUAAAUCUGAGGCCCUUUACUGUAAUGUUUCAAUCAGUAGUAACAUGGUGGGUUGAGUGUGUUCAUUUUCCGAAAAAAAAAAAAAAAAAAUUCAAUUCAUGUAACAAUAUAAUUAGACAAAGAUGACAUACAUUCAUCAUUUUUUGAUCCACUUUCAUUACAAGUGGUGUGGUGUAGUUUUUAAGAGAAUAGUUCAAAUGAAUUGCAAGAGUCUUAACAUUGCAUCUCUGAGAGCAGUAGCAAGUUUCAGGUAUUAAACUUAUUAGAGACAUAAAACUAUAUUAUGAUUCAUAGAGGCUUUCCCCUCUUGCAGAGAUCUUUUUGGGUUACAAAUUCUUGAAAGGGACACAAAACAUAACUGUUUGAAUUGGUUUUAAGAAAUAUCAUAUGUAAUAAUAGGAGUAAUCACGUGGAAUUUUGAUUUGGAGUGUUCAUUUCGGUUAUUUUCAACUCAAACUUUUCCACUAUUGCAAUCAUUUUCAAUAAGCUGUUUUAAUAAAAAAAAUUAUGUAUGUACUAGCUUGAAGAGCGAUAACCCUUAACUUUCCGAAAACCAGCCUGAAUGUUCACUUCCAUGCUUGAUCAAGAGAGAUAAAUUAUCAUCUCUGUGCUGUCCAAUCAGUCCAAACGUUAGUGUUCCAAGUAACCCAGUCUGUAUCAUUCCUUGCACACAAAUAUAAUUUUUAGGUAACAAACUUGAAUGAUUUUAGCUUCCAAGCACCAAAAUUCCUUACUUUUGACCCCUUAUAGAAAAUUAUUCUGGCUGGUCCCAAGAUAUGAAAAGCUGCCUGGAAAGCUACAGUCUCAGACAAAAUUUCUUGCAACAAGAUUGAGCCUCACAACUCCUGAAUGUCCUUGCUCCCCUCAUUCAGUGUAGCAAUAAAGCAUGACAGUAUCACAUAUAAACCACACUGAGAGGCUGGAUUGUUCUGAAGGAUGAUCAUGCAAGGUGAUCAAAAUAAUUUUCAAUGGAGAAAUGUUUCACUCAUUACAUAAAAUGCCUCAAAAGGUUGUUAGAGAUGUUGGCAAAAUUAAAAAUAACAUGUUUGGGUAAUGACUGUUUCUGCUAUUCACAGGUAUAUGCAACUUCAACGAAACCACAAUGAUCUUUAUACUGAUCUGUGGUACCAUGUAUAUGCUUCACUGUUAAAUGUUACAGAAAAGCAAAAUGGGAACCAAAUCUAAAAACAAAGCUCAUUUUAGCAGAAAACUGUGAAAAAAAAAUGCUAAAAAAGAUCAUAAAACCCCUAAGUCAAAACUUUUUGGUGAAAAAAGAAAAACAACCCAAGAAAUGUUCAAAAGAUCCUAAUAAACUUCUCUAUGGGGAACUUAGGAAGAUGUUUUCUUAAUUGUACAGAGAUGAAUUUAUGUCUUCCAUACUAACAGAAAAGCAAACAAACCAAGACAAAAUAUUCCACAUAAAGUACAUGAUAUAUUUACAAAAUUACUUCAUCACUGCUGUAGAUACAUCAAACCACAUUAACACUAUCCAAUUUAAUCUCAUCACAAUUGAUUAGUCCCCCUUUGCAAUAAUUGUUGCAUCCACUUCCAUUUUCUCACUUUAAAGUUAGGUACCUCAGCUCUCCACAAUACAAGCAAAAUGUUAAUA